UGGACUUCAUAACACUAAAAACUCUCAUUGCAGAAAAGAAUUGAUGGCUUCUAAACUGGUGUUUGCACUCAUCUUCUCACUCUUCUUGGUUUCCCAGGUUUCAUCUGAUUUAAAGAAGGAUGAAGAGUCCAGCCAUGUCAGCCAAGCAUUACAUGUUUUCAGCAGAGGAGACGGAAAACUAAUGCGUGCUGUUCAAGACAUCUCGAAGUAUUUCAAAGGUCGGCUGCUAUCUCAAGGCCUCGCCCUUGCCCCGGCUCCAGCCCCGAACCCUAGCCACGGGAUAGACUGUGGCGGGCUAUGCAAGAAGCGGUGCAGCCUCCACUCAAGGCAAAAUACAUGCUUGAGGGCAUGUGGAACUUGUUGUGCUAGGUGCAAAUGUGUGCCCCCAGGGACCUUUGGUAAUAGAGAAAUGUGUGGAACAUGUUACACUAAUAUGACCACCCAUGGAAAUAAAAGCAAGUGCCCAUAAUCAAUUAAUAUGGGACCCUAUUUUGCA